AGAUGUAUCCGUCCAUAGGCUGUGAAUAAACCGGUUGUGGGCGUGGACAUGGGCGGGGUUUAACUCUAAUGGGCGGUCCCGGUGUGAUCACCGAUCAGGCGCUCAGAAGCCGCCAUCUUGUUGCGGCUCUACUACGUGUGUGGAAGAAGUUCCUACAAGAGGGAGGGGGAUCAAGUUGCAACUUCUCUUCUUUUUUUUUUUUUUUUUUUUCUUCCUCCUCUCCCCCUUCCUUUUAAGUGGAGAUCCAGUGUGCCGGACGAGAGAGAUAUAUAUUAUUUUUUAAAUUGCUCGGAAGCAGGAACUGCUCAGCUGUUUUUAUAUUUUGCGCAACUGAAAUAAAUACAUCAGAGAUGAGUAUCGAGACGCUUUUGGAGGCAGCGAAGUUUUUAGAAUUGCAAGCCCAGCAACAACAAAAAGCACGUGAAGAGAACGAGCUUCGGGAGAGACUGCGCCUCGAACAGGAAGCAGGGAAGCAAAUAGCAGAAGCCCCCCUCUGCGUUCAACUGACGCAUGCUAAUCACAAGACCUCAAGAGAGCGGUCGAGUCCUGAGCAUAACCAUGCCCCUCAGUUAACCCUGUCCUCUCCUCCACCUCCUCCUCCUCUGCCCACCUCUGCACCUACAAUUCCCAUCACGGUUAUUCCCAUUUCCGUGUUGUCGUCCAGCCUAUCCACAUCACCUGCAUCCCCCCUCUUCAGUGUAUCUCAAAAAGACCCUCACUCACCUCCAUCACAGCAUGUACUGCCUCAACGUGCAGUCUUACCCUCUCAGGCUAAUGGCCCAAAACUGACCCAGCCACUGCAGCCAUAUCCUGGGGCAAUCAUUAGAUCUUCUCAGCAUGCUCUUCUCCCUCAGCCAGCAAACACACCAGCACAGCCAAGCCUCAUGGCCAAAAUCAACCCUCCUGAUGAUCACCGCAGCCUGGACAGCAAGAAAAGACCUGGAGGGGCAGGAACAAGGGAAGUGCAUAACAAGCUUGAAAAAAACAGGCGUGCACACUUGAAGGAAUGCUUUGAAACUCUCAAGAAGAACAUCCCUAAUGUUGAUGAAAAGAAAACCUCCAACUUGAGUGUGCUGAGAAGUGCACUAAGAUACAUUCAGACUCUGAAGAGAAAAGAGAAGGAGUAUGAGCAUGAGAUGGAGCGCCUUGCCCGUGAGAAGAUCUCCACCCAGCAGAGGCUGGCUGAGCUAAAGAAUGAACUCAGCCAGCAGGUGGACAUGAUUGAGGUUGAGCGGUUGCUGCGUCAGACCGUCCAGCCUGAAGAUGACCAAGCAUCCACCUCCACAGCCUCAGAAGGUGAAGAUAACAUGGAUGAAGACAUAGAGGAAGAGCACAUACUGACCUCGCCUUGCUCUUUACCCAGAGUGGAUCAGCCAGAGCUCAGGAAGCCAUCUCCAUCUCUGCUCCCAUCGCUUUCUGUCCCAUCUAAACUUUCCCAACCUCCACUAACUGCUACUGUUUCCUCAGCCACGGCAUUGGCCCCUGCCCAGCCUUCCUCGCCCUUACUCUCCCUGCCCCCUGUACAGGCAGCAGUGACCCAGCAGCCCCAGGCCAUGGUGGCCUCUCAGAGCCUGGCAUAUGGGCAUAUUGUAACCGCUCCCAGCAUCCAGCCAACAGUAAUCACACAUGCUUCUUCACACACUUCUGUCAUCCAGGCUGUCAGUCACAUCCCCCAGGUGGGCACCAAGCACAUAGCCCACAUUGCUCCUUCUUCUACUUCUUCCCCGUCCUCUUCCGCCAGCGCUAUACAGCUGGCACCUGGACCUCAGACCAUCGGGCACAUCACAGUGCACCCGGUCACACACCUUCCCACGCUAUACCCACAGCCAGUGACCAUCUCGCACACCCUCUCACAUGGCCAAGCCAAUGGCACCCCAGUGUUGGCCAAACAGACGCCUGUUGGGCAUCAGGUGCUCACACAUCACUCGCAGCUGGUGGGCCAGACUGUUCUCAACCCAGUUACUAUGGUGACCAUGCCCUCCUUCCCCGUCAGCACACUGAAGCUGGCAUGAGAGGACAGGCUGACGUGGGCUCUUACUGGCGCAAGCCCCUGCUAGACACAUCCAGCAUUACAGAAAAAGCAGUACAUUCCAAAUAAAAACAAAUCUAUGAAGAGUCUACGACAAAUUUAUCAAAAUUUAUAUAUAGCUAUAUGUUGUAUAGUAAAAGAAAAAAAAGUUUUUGUAUCCUUUUGUGCGGAUAAAAUUAGAUUGUGAUGUCCUCUUUCAUGCUGCUAUAUGUGUGUGUGUAUAUAUAUGUGUGUGUGUACGAAAGAGAGAGAGGUGAACAGAAAGAUGAAUGAUAUGGCAAAAAUAUAUCACAAUAAUAAGACCAUUUUUACAAUAUACAUUUUUUUAAUCAUCAUGCUCACAAAGUGCCAGGAAAAACGGUGGUACAGUUAAAAAAAAAAAAAACUGCACACACUGAUUAUAUUUGGGUCUAAAAUUAACACAAAAUGGGAAAUGAACCAUUUAGUAUAAAAGUUUAAUAUUUAUCAUCUAAUUUAUAGUCAAUUACAUGUUUAAUGAAGUAACAAUAAGAUUGGUUUGUCACCACAGAAACGUAUAUUUGGGAGUCCUAUGGUAACCAUUAUGAUCUCUGAAGGCAACUAUUUUUGUGACUGUAGUGUGUGUGGUUUAGCUCAGAUCCCUAGUGUACCUCACUCUCAUCAGCUAAUGGAACACAGUUCAAUUAAAAAAAAAAAAAAAGAAAUGUGAUGAAUUGAGUUCCAAUAUUUCAUUCUAGCAUCAUAUAAUUCUUUUUAAACUGCCCUUUUAUAUAGCAUUUAUUCAAAAUUUUUAGUCUACCCUUAUCAGAAAGUAUCUUUGCAGGAGUUCAGCAUGCAUUUUUCUUGCAUGCUUUCUUGACCUCUUCUUAUCUAGCAUUCAGGGUGUUGCUUUAUUGCUUUUUGAUUCCGUGUCCUGCGUUUUUUUUUUUUUUUUGGGCCGAGGGACCCGAGUGAAAUCUUCUCCUGUGCCUUUAACCGUGCCUCUGUGGCACUGCAGUUCUCUUCAAUGCUGCACAGACGUCCUCUGGUGUCCUCUCUCUGUAACUGCACUCUCAGCUAAAACACCAGCCAUUAGCUGCAGAACUUUGGAUUCUGCUCGAGCACCAAGCCUAACCAGGACAGCACGAGGUCACAGUACGAUAGCAAUCACUGUGCUAUGGAGGGGUUACAUUAUAGUAAGAAAUAUGAGAUUUUGAACUUUUGUUGUGAAUGUACAUUUUCUGUGUGCAGAUGGAGCACUUUCAAGGCCUUCAUCAUGUAGCUGAUAAAUGUGAGCUUAAUGUUUGGUGGGAGUGCAUAGUCGUUGUUAAGGCGGUUGUGUGUGUGUGUGCGUGUAUGCUUGUGGUAGGUGUGUAUGGCAUAUUCAACUUUGUCAACUUCAAUUUGUUUAAUACUGUUUAAGUUGACUGUGUUUGAGUGUGCUUGUGACUAAUAGUAUGUGGUGGAAAUGCAAAGUAAAGUACAGUACAUCAUCCAAAGCUUCUGUGAAAACAUCAUGCUGCAACAAGAAUGUGAUACUGCAGAAAUGUAAACUCAGAAAGACAGGUGUGCAUAAACCCACCAAUGAAUUACUCGAAUGUGGUGGCUAUUUAUAAUAUUUCAGUUUAGACAACUGUAUCUUUACUGAACCACACUGAACACUUCACGAACCUGCAAGUAAAUCCAGCCUAGCCUGGGUGUCUUUUGAGAUUUGACUCACACACCUCUAACACUGUGAUAUUGCUCAUCUGACCAACAAUAAAAACAUCCCAAGUUUACAGUAUCGAAAUUAACAAGUACUCAUUCUUCAUGAAUGAGAGUUUAACACUUCAUUUUUACUGAACAUUGAUUGGCAUUUGUGUUUACACACACUAUAGGAUGCACAUGUUCACCAGGCAAAACAUCUUUUUUUUGGUUCCAACAUGUUGAAUUUGGCAUGAACAUGAACAACUUGUCGGGGAAAACUGUUUGAGGGGGACCAUAUACAGUACUGUAUACUUAUAGGGCAACCUUUCUGACCUCUGUCCACAUUAAUAUUAUAUAUACAAAAAGAAUGUUUUUUUCCCUAUGGAGAAAGUUUAUGUUGUGUAUAUUGCCUGUACAUUUGAGGCUGCACAGAUCUAACUGUCCAAUCUGUUCCAAGUUGAUUCUAAAUGAAGCAGAAGAGCAAAACUAGAACAAAAUGUUGAAUAAAUAAAAUCUUGUUACAUUUGCA